CAGUUGACCGUUAACUACUGAACAUCGUACACCGGAAAGCGGCGAAAGCGAAAAUUGUUUGGCAUACAGACAACGUGACACUCCAACGUUGACAAUUGGGUGUAAUCCACUGUGGACAUCGAGUUUAGGUUUCAAGUUGGUUUUGGCUUUUGUGUAGGCCAGUGCCGCGCGAAGCAAAUAUGAAUUGGCUGACUUUGGCCAUUUCUAUAUCAGCGACUCUCAAUAUAGCGUUGGCUUGCAAUCGGGUGCCAUAUGGCACAACAGCAGCCAAAUCGCCAGCAGAUGAAAGUUAUGCCAUAUCGAUAGUGGGCAAUCCUCAGACUUAUAUACCGGGACAAAAAUACAAUGUUUCCUUAAUAGCCUCCAAUGAUCAAACCUUUAUAAGCUUCCUGCUGGGAGUGGAAUCCGAAAAUGGCGGUGUGGAUGCCAUGGAUGUGGUGGGAACCUUUGAGAUCAUCGAUUUGGCUGAGACCCGUUUUAGUCCACGCUGUGCCAAUUUGGUGGAGAAUACCAACACCAAUGUCAAACAUCGUGUUGAUAUGGUAUGGGUGGCUCCUGCAGCCACUGGCAUGGGUUGUGUUCUCUUGCGUGCUACUGUGCUGCAACAUCGUGAUGUUUGGUUUAUGGAUGAUGGUUUCUUGACUAAGAAAUUGUGUGAGGAAGAAAUCGAUGACAUAGAUAGUCAGCCUACCAUAGUAGAUCCUUGUUGUGCCUGUGAUGAGGCCAAAUAUGAGUUGACAUUUGAGGGUAAAUGGUCCAGGCAUACCCAUCCCAAGGAUUUUCCCGCCAACAGUUGGCGUACAAGGUUUAGUGAUAUCAUAGGGGCCUCCCAUACUGUGGACUAUCGUUUCUGGCAAUAUGGUGAGCUGGCCAGCGAAGGUGUUAGAGAAAUUGCCGAACAUGGCUCUACCAAAACUUUGGAAACGGAACUUAAGGACAAGAGUGACCAAAUUCGCACUAUUAUCAAAGCCCGUGGCAUUUCUUAUCCCGAUGUUACGGGCAAAACUCAUGCCGUCUUUCGUGUGGACUCCCAGCAUCAUGUGAUUUCAUUUGUUUCCCGCAUUGAUCCUUCACCCGAUUGGAUUGUUGGCGUUUCGGGUUUGGAGUUGUGUUUGUCCAAUUGUUCUUGGGUGGAGACCAAAAUCUACAAUUUAUAUCCCUGGGAUGUGGGCACGGAUAUGGGGCCUUCCUAUAUGUCCGCUGAUCAGCCUCAAGUUCCCCCCGAUGUUGUGCGUCGCAUCAAAUCGAAUUCACCCAAUGAUCCUCGCUCGCCAUUUUAUGAUGCCACAGGGGCUCCAAUGAAACCCUUGGCUACCGUCUAUCUAAAUCGCCGCAGAUUAUAUGAGAAGACUUGUGAUAACACCGAAUCUGAAAAUGAACCCUUGGAGUGUGCCACUCACCAUUGGUCACCUUGGGAUGAGUGUUCGGCAAAAUGUGGCCCUGGUACCCAGUAUCGUACCAGAGAGUUCAAAAAUCAUGCAGCAGCCCAACGUGCGCGUUGUCGCACCAGUCUGCGUCAGGAGCAAGCAUGCAUGGGAAGCGCCUGUGAAACCGACAAUUUGGUAGUUGAAGACACUGUCUAUGGUGGAGCUCCCGAUAUGCCAGAGUGUGCUGUAACCGAUUGGGGUGAAUGGUCCUCAUGUUCGGUUUCCUGUGGCCAGGGCUUGGAGACAAGAAAGAGACGUUAUGUGACCAGGGGAGCCAAGAAAAAAUGUCAGCCCAUUCUUCGCCUGAUAUUGGAAGAGAAGCGGAUAUGUCAUGCCUCUGCCUGUGGCGGCGACAUUGGCAAUGGUCAAGGGGCUGACAGUGACAAUCAAGAUGGCCAAGAUAAUGAAGUCGAAGGCAGCAGAUCUCUUUUUGGCAACAUUGACGACAAUGUACGUUAUCGCGAUUUGGAAAGCUUUAGUCACCAACUGGACGACUAUAUACCUCCCGAAUGUGGUGUAUCCCAUUGGUCGGAUUUUUCUCCAUGCCUGGGUCCCUGUGGCGACAAGGGUACCAGUGAGCGGCAGCGAGUUGUAUGGAAUAAAGACCAAGUUUAUGGUGUCAAGAAACCAGGUCAUGAUUCGACUCUCGAUCCCUGCCGUCAUAUUAAACGACGAGAGGUGGUUAGCUGCAACACCCUGAAUUGUGAUGCCAUUGUGCCACCGCUAUGCUACGAAGACCUAAAGCCCAGCCAUUGCCGUGAUAGCGAUGUGGUCAAUUAUUGGUUCUAUGACCACAUGAGUGAUCAGUGUUCCAUUUUCUGGGCUGAUAAAUGUGACAAGAAUCGCAAUAAAUUCAAUUCCAAAGAACAAUGCGAGGAGACCUGUCGCCUGCCCCGCAAGAAGAUGGAACUGCAGCGCGAAAGCCUAAAUGUGGAGCCCAUCGAUUGCAUGGUCAGCCAUUGGGUAAGUCAUGCCUGCAAUGUGACCUGUGGCGAGGGCGCUCAGAUAAAAACACGCAAAGUCUUGCGUUCCCCGAAAUAUGGUGGCAAACCUUGUCCCAAACAUUUGGUGCGCAUUGAGAAAUGUUAUCAGCGUUGUGACGACAUCUACUCAGUGGGUGGCUAUGUACCCCAAAACUAUGAGGAUCGCAGACGCCCCGCGAAUCAUGUGAAGCUCGAGCCGCCACAGAUCGAGGGAAAGGAUGAAUGCCGCUACUCGGAAUGGUCAGUGUGGACGCCGUGCACAGCCAGUUGUGGCGAUAGUUCAUAUCGUCAGCGCACACGAACUCUACUCAACAUCGAGAUGAGCUAUAAGUGCAAGGAUCGUGUAAUUGUGGAGAAAUGCAAAAUGAUGCCCUGUCUGCUGGAAGCCAACGAUGAAUUCGAGGGAUAGUCGAGCAUACUGAAAGCUAGAAAGAGAAUGAAUCAUAAAGUUCAUUUUUGUAUUAUGACAUUAUUUUUAUUUAUUGAUAUCUAUAUACAGCGAAAUGCAAAAUAAAAUAAUCGAAUCUAUAACAAUUUAA